CAAGAUGUGUGUAGUGUGAGGUACAAAAGCCGUAACGUAAUAUUUCAGUAAUUACGUGAUAAUACAACUACUACACAUAGUUUAUCAACAAAGACUUUUAUAAUCUAAUAAUCUAAUUAUCACUUCAAAUUAUCAUUUAUUUUGUGAACGUUUAUUUGGUUACUCGUAUCAAGUUUAUCCUAUUUCUAGAUGAUUCUCUUCAGUGACCGUAUAUGUUUGCAAAUAGAAUAUCGAGCAACUUUUCAUGACAUUAUUGAUUUUACAACAAAUAGGAAUUUAUUUAAAUUCCGAUAUGACAACAUCAACUGUGAUUAAAUGACUAUUAUCGAGAACAUUCUACUGUUUUUAUUUAUCUAUUUUAUUUUUAAUACAAUAAUGGAGGAUAGUGAGACGUGGUAAUCUGCCCGGGUUACUUUUUUUUUUAUUUCAUGGAGAAAGAGACAGUGGAUCGAUAUAUAAUCCAGCUAUGCUGAGUUUAUUUGUGUCUGUAUUGGUACUGCAAACCGGCCCUCACUCACUCAAUGGCAGAAACGUUGUUAUUCAAACAAAUGCAACAAUUAUCGAAAAUUGAAGAGGAAGAAGCAGUUUUAUAUAAAGAUGUAGUGGUAGUAGGAAAUGGACCUGGCGGAAUAUUUCUUUCCUAUAUGCUCAAUGGUAACUGGCCUUACUAUACUGGUGAUCCGCAUCCAGGAGAUGAAAUGCUUACUGCAAGAUUACACUUUAUACUUAAUGAUCCAGAAAAUGAAAGAGAAAAAAAUCGUAAAGAAUUGGAGCACCGAAGUACAAACAGAUAUACAGACGACGACAAAAAGCCUAUUAAAUCAGACUGCAAGAUACAGACUGAAAUAGAGAAGACUAAAAGAAAAAAUUCGUUUAUUAAUAGUAAUUUUGCAAAAAAGACUUUACUUAAAUGCUCAAAAGAUCAAUUAAAAAUUCUUGCAACUGGUAUAGAAGGUCGAGGAACAUCUAAACCUCUGGCUCUUCUGCUAGAUGCGCUUCAACAUCCUUGUGUUGAUGCAGGAUUAAAUUUACCAGGUCUUUUGACAUGGAAAUCAGCCGAACACAAUCCUGAUCAUCGAAUAAUUGACCAUGUAGUGCUUGGAAAAGGUCCACCUGGUGGUGCUUGGCAAUAUAUGGAUCCUAAUGUGUUGACGAUUAGUCUCAGUCGUUGGAUGUCUUUGCCAGAAAUGGAUUUGCAAAAGUGGAAAAGGCUGGUUGAAGCGGAACAAUUUUCUCAGACGUCUAUUUUAUUACAAGAUCUACAUCUUUCAUCGUCUGGGCCAAAUCAUAACACGCUUGAUGCCAUGGGACGAAUUCCAGUCGGCAUCGUUGCAGCUUACUAUAGUGAUUACGUUAAUAAACAAGGCUUAGCAAAAUAUUUCAAAAGUGGACGAACUGUGACAUCAGUACGACCUAUAUUAGAUUCAAAAGACUCAGAAGAUCCCUACAACUGGAUUGUAAAAGGUUAUGAAAAUUUGAGUGGAAGAAGGUUUCGAUAUAAAUGUAAAAAAGUUGUAAUUGCUACUGGAACAACAAAUACCUCUAAUCAUCUGGGACUUCAAGGUGAAACCCAAUCUAGUUGGGUAACUCAUGAUCUUAAUGACCUUGAAUCAAGACUCGAUCGUUUGGUUUGCAAGUGUGAAAAAUCUAUGGCUCAGCGAGAAAGUCAAGCAUUAAGCAAAGUAGACCCGGUUCUUGUAGUUGGCGCUGGCUUGAGUGCUGCUGAUGCGAUAAUAGCAGCUCGGUGCCGGGGCAUACCAGUAAUUCAUGCAUUCCGUGGAUCAACACAUGCAAAUGAUAUGAAAUUAAAUGCUAACGUUUACGAGAGGCUACAAUCUCUUCCUGUAUCUAUGUAUCCCGAAUAUCAUAAAGUUUAUGAGAUGAUGGCCGAUGGUAGAUAUCAUCGGUUGUACAAAGCUCUCCCAGGCUACAGACUCACUGACCUUGGUGUUAAAUCAAAUGACUCAAAUAAAACUAAAGAAAGAAGAGUAACUCUUCAAUCGCCUAGUGGACAAUUUAUUACAUUCCGUGUUUCUACUGUAGCUAUUCUUAUCGGUUCUCAACCAGACUUAUCCUAUCUUGGAAGUUACGCCAACAAGUUAGGGAAAAUAGAUGAUAGUCCAAUUAAUAGUCGGUCUAAUCCCAUUGAAAUAGAUGACUUUACUUAUGAAGUACUAAAAUCACCAAGAAGAGGAUUGUAUGCAAUAGGUCCUUUAGUAGGCGAUAGUUUUGUGCGAUUUAUACUUGGCGGAGCUUUUGGUAUUACAGCUCAUAUACUUCGAACCCUUGACACGAGUGAUUAUUGAAUAUUCUAAGAAUCAAUUUUCUUUUUUUUUUUCUUCGAUCAGCGUUAAAACGUUUAUCGGUGCUACAUGCAGUGUCAAGAUUAUUCUCGUGCCUCCUUAAUCAUUUUUAUUUACUUUUAUAAUGUAUUUUUAUAUAAUUUUUAGAGAAAUAUUUUUUUUAAGAAAAAGAAAUUUUUAAAUUUUAUAUUGUAAUAUUCUUUAAUUAGUUUUGUUUGUUUUUAUAAUGAUAUAGUUAUAAUUAUGAUUAUUAAUGGCAUAAUUUUAUGAAAUAAUUUUGUCUAGGAAGUUCGUUAAAAAUAUGAACCUCUUAAAUAGUGAUAAUACGGUACUUUUAAAAAAAAAUUAAUAAUCAUUUUUAAAGGUCUAUUUUUUGGUUAGUUGAAUGUCAAUUCAUUUAUUUAAUGAAAAACCUGUUGAAGGUGCCUUUAUAUAAAUGCAGGAAAUUUUUUAUCCUUAUAAAACAUUGAAAAGUCCAUAUAAAAAUUCAAAUCAUCAAUCAAUUGAUGAUUAUUUAUUUUAAAA